AUGGCAAGCAUCAAAGUUUCUUACCAAGAUACCAUUCGUCGCUUCGCCGUUCCUAAGACCAUUACUUGGCUAGAACUUGAAUCCAAUCUUCGAACUUUAUUUUCAUUUUCUCCUACUUUCUCUUUUGCACUGUCCUACACCGACGAAGAUGGUGAUAUAAUCACUCUAUCCUCCGACUUGGAACUUCAAGAUAUCCUUUCUCAGACGCAACAACACACUCCUCUGAGAUUCACUCUUAUUCCUUAUAACAAACAACCUAAAGAAAAUGAAAAUAAUAAGCCAGUUAUAGACCAACCUUCUCAAUUUUCAACUUUUCAGCAGCAAACAAUGACAGACGAGGAACCUUCAUUCACUCCAAAAAUUUCAUCCGCUAAAGGAAAACAGAAAGCCGAACCUUCCUUGAGUGAUCCUGACCCGUUUAUACAAGAAGAACAAGACAAUGAAGAGCAGACGAGGCCACCAUUCAUUGAUCUGGCAGCACAAUUUCAAAAAGUAAUUGAUCAAUUACGUCCAAUGAUGGAGCAACAACCAUAUCUAAUCGAACAGGCAAAUAGAAUAAUGGAUCAGAUUUUACAUAAUAUUCCAGUGAACAUCGAGGAAUGGACGCAAUGGUUUAAUGACAAAAUUGCGGAAGCUCAAAGAAAUUUCUAUAACAAUACAAAUAUUGAUGCUAUGGAUGAAAAACAAACAAAUUCCACUCAACAGCAAUUCGAAGAAUCGUUCUUCAAUCCUCAGAACAUUAUAAAUAAUAAUUUUGUUCAACGCAUGAAUCAGGCAGCUGCAAGUAUUCCUUCUAGAAUUAAUGAGUGGCAAAAUGGACGACUUAUGACCGAUGAAACUAUGAAAGAAAAAUUAGAAUUAUUGCGUUCAAUGGGAUUCUCAAAUGAUAAAAAAAAUGAAGAACUGCUAAAGAAAUAUCAAGGGAAUGUUGAAAGGGUGGUUGAAAUCUUGAUCGAAGAUGUGGAAUACUCUGUGGUGGAUACUGAGAUUCAAAUGGAGGAUUUUAUUUUUUAA